GUUUAUACAACAACAAUUGAAAAACCCUUUCUCCAAGGUUUUUGCUCAAAAACUCAUAUUUACUCCCUUCAUCUUCCUAAAUCUCUCUCUAAAUUACUCUACUGGAUCAUCAAGUUAGAGAGAGAGAGAGAGAGAAUGCCUUCGCCGGUUCAUGCUGCCGAAGCCGACAAUGACUGCUCCAACGAUGCCUCAACCAUCGCUGACAACGAUAAAGCUUCCAAUUUCUUCGACAUUUAUGGCCCUCAGGCUAAAGCAGAAGUUGUUUUUACAGUACCAGAGGCUACCUCUACUUUGAAUUUGCAAGAUGUUCAAGGACUUGUAACUUGGGUGCUUGCUGAAGGAUUCAUGCCAACAUGGGCUUUCAUUAAGAACAAACCCCUCAUCCCAAAAGUGGUUCUGCUCUACAUUCCAGGCCUAGAUGCAGCAUUGUACUUAUCACAUUCCAAAAUGCUUCGCACUCUUAAAGAAUUCUGUGGAAAACCCAGGGCAGUUUUGGCGCUUAGUUGUAUAUCAGAUGGAAUGCAAACGAUUGAUACACUCCUAACAUGCAAGGUCAAAAGAAAGAGGGAUCAGAGGGACCAAAGGGAGCCUAACUCAACAAGUGAACCAGAAAAAUGUGAUUCUGAGACAGUUGAACAAUCCUUUAUAGAACUUAAGAAAGAUAUACCUUUCCCCAUUACAUAUUACACUCUUACAGAAAAGGAGAUGGAAGACAAUGGCUACUGUCUUAAUAAGCCAGGUUUUAUUUCUACUAUCUCUGCUCCAUCAGAAGCAUCUCCAUAUGAUUUGUUGGCACUUGAUUGUGAGAUGUGCAUAACAAGUGAGGGUUUUGAGCUGACAAGAGUGACCUUAGUGGAUGUUCAAGGCCAGGUUGUGCUAGAUAAACUGGUUAAACCAUCAAACAAUAUUACCGAUUACAACACCAGAUAUAGUGGGAUUACGAGUGACAUGUUAAAUGAUGUGACUACAAGUCUUAAAGAUGUUCAGGAGGAUUUUCUAAAGCUGGUUUACAAGGAGACUGUCUUAGUUGGACAUUCUGUGGAAAAUGACUUGUUAGCAUUGAAGAUCUCUCACAAUCUGGUAAUUGAUACUGCAGUUCUGUACAAGCACCCUCGUGGGAGAUCUCAUAAAACUGCUUUACGAGUUCUUGCCAAGAGAUUUCUUUCUAAGGAGAUACAGCAGUCGGGGGAUGGUCAUGACAGCACUGAAGAUGCAAGGACUGCAUUGGAACUGGCACUUUUAAAAAUUAAUAAUGGUCCUGAUUUUGGGUCACCGCCAUCAUUGAUAAGGAGAAAGCUCCUUACAGUCCUAAGUGAUUCUGGAAAAGUCUCAUCUAUGAUUGAUGAUGUUUCGAUAGUUAAACGAUAUGCUUCAGAAUCAUCCCAUGCGUUUCCUGUAUCUUCUGAUGAUGAAGCUCUUUCAAAAGCCAGAAAGGAGGUAAAGAAUGAAAAGGUUCAUUUUGUUUGGACUCAAUUCUCAGAAUUGAAUUCCUAUCUGAAGAAAGAAGCAGCGAAUCCAGAGAAAUUGAAUGUUAAACUUGCAGAGAUGAUGUCUUUGCUUACCUGUCGUGAUAAACCUGGGAAUAAAAAGGGCAGCAAAUCUAAAGUUACACCUGAACUGAAGGAAAUUCUUGCUCGUAUGGAUUCUAGAAUCCGUUAUCUUCAUAACGCCUUACCUACUAAUGCCAUGUUUAUAGUUUGCACCGGUCAUGGUGACACAGCAACUGUCCACAGAGUGAGGAAAAUGCUAGCAGAGGGCCCUGAAACGACUAUGUGCAGAGCAAACCUUGUGAAGGUGUUGGAAGAGCUUCAAGCCCAAGCUGAGGUAGCCUUAUGUUUUGUUGGAGUAAAACAUUGAUUUGAUCCCAUUACAUUACAUUACAAAUGUGUUCUACUUUUAUUAUUAUUUUUACAUGUGAUCCAGUAAUUUAGACAAUUACAUAAUGUAUGAAAUAUUUAUUUAUAUAAUAUAGUCAAAUUGUUUUUUGGGAUUA